CACCUGCAGGAAUAUUAUAAUGUAUUCAUGAAGAUUUUCAUCAAUUAUCAGUUUUUUAAAAAUAAUUACUAGGUUGUCUUUAAAAUAUUGUUUUAACUUUAACAUUGUAAUAAUAUUUAUUUCAUCACUAAAGCAUUUGACUCUGUUAUUAAUUUUUACUAAUUAGUUUUCCAUAAAGUAAAUAAUUGAUUGUUGCUUUUUAAGAUUAAACAAUUUACAUUUUGAUUUUUUUCUUCACAUUUUUUAUUGUUUUUAUAAUUUAGACUUUAUGUUCUCUGACCAAACUAAGAGAAAAUUAAAUGAGGAGAAUGACGUCAUAAUAAUACGAGACAAAUUUCAUGAAACCAGAACAAAAUCAUAACAUCGCGAGAAAAAAGUGAGAAAAUUCAACAUGUUUUUAUUUUUAACAGAGUGAAUAAAUAUUUCAGAUCCCGGUUUGUUUGAAACGGGUCGGUGGUUCUGAUCGAUCAGAACCACCGGCCCGUUCUGAUCGAUCAGCAGCAAUCUGAGUUUUUCUGAUGAAAGAACAGAAAUAAAAACCUGGAGGUUCUGAUCCGGUUCUGAUGUCUGUCCUCUGGUUCUCCAGGCUGAACGCUUGGAACGUCACCCGAACCGCCAACCGAACCGACCCAGGACCCGUCACCCGAACCGACCUCGGACCCGUCACCCGAACCGCCAACCGAACCAACCCAGGACCCGUCACCCGACCCGACCCCGGACCCGUCACCCGACCCGCCAACCGAACCGACUCAGAACCUGUCACCCGAACCGACCUCGGACCCCUCACCCGAACCGCCAACCGAACCGACCCAGGACCCGUCACCCGACCCGCCAACCGAACCGACUCAGGACCCGUCACCCGAACUGACCUUGGACCCGUCACCCGAACCGCCAACCGAACCAACCCAGGACCCGUCACCCGACCCGACCUCGGACCCGUCACCCGAACCGCCAACCGAACCGACCCCGGACCCGUCACCCGACCAGCCAACCGAACCAACCCAGGACCCGUCACCCGACCCGACCUCGGACCCGUCACCCGAACCGCCAACCGAACCAACCCAGGACCCGUCACCCGACCCGACCUCGGACCCGUCACCCGAACCGCCAACCGAACCGACCCCGGACCCGUCACCCGACCCAAUUCCGACUCCGAACCGGACCCCCAGCCGUCCUACCUGCUGCUGGUCCCCGCGGCUCUCCGGCCCGGUCUUCCCUCCUCGGUGUCGGUCGCCAUCUUGGGCUCCUCGUCCGUCUCCGUCUCCGCUGAGAUCAUCUAUGAGAACGAGACGCUGUCCUCCAACUCUACCACGAUUAAAGGAGGAUCCACCAGGCUGCUGAUCCUUCCUGCUAUCCACCAAGUCGGGUCCAGCCCCGGACGGACCUACACCUUAAAGGUCAGAGGUCGCCGCGGUUCGGUGCAGCUCUUCUCCAACUCCACGGAGCUGCACGCGGCCCCCCAGGGCGUCUCCACCUUCAUCCAGACCAACCAGCCGCGCUACCUGCCGGGCCAGGUGGUGAAGAUCCGAACCGUGUCGGUUCGCUCCGACGGGAAGCCCUGUUCCGAACCGGCAGACGUUCUGAUCCGAGAUCCGAGAGGAAACCUUCUGAGACAGUGGCUGGACAAAGACGGCGUCCUGGGUGUGGUGUCCACAGAGUUCCAGCUGUCGGAGAACCCCCCACUGGGCGAGUGGAGCAUCAUGGCCACCGUCGAGGGUGUUUCCAGUGUGAAGCAUUUCAGCGUGGAUUAUUAUGUUCUGCCCAAGUUCGAGGUCCUAAUCAAAGUCCCGGAGGUGGUCCACCGGGAGGACGUCCUGAAAGGCUUCGUCUCUGCAAAGUACUUCUACGGCAAACCCGUCCGCGGACGCAUGGUCGUCACCUUCAGCCGCCGUUACCACAGUGACGAUCAGACUCACAGCCAGGAGGCGGAGAUGGACGGAUCUGAGAAGUUCAGGUUUGAUGUUUCGACGUUUUCUCCGCCGUGGAGCAGAACGACGAUCCGAGACGAGGGGCCCGACUUCCUGAGCGUCCAGGUGUCUGUGACCGAACACCUGACAGGUCUGACCUGUAACAGCACAGUGAGCGUCGCUCUGGCUAAAAGCAGAUUCUCCGUUACCUUUGAAGACUUUCCUAAAGUCCUCAGGCCGUCUCUCAGCUUCAGCGGCACUCUGAAAGUGUCGACGUAUAACGGCGAGCCGGUGCAGGACCAGAAGCUCCGCGUGUCGGUGAAGCAGCGGGAGGAGCAGUGGAGCCGAGAGACGGUGGACGAACAGAUUCUUUUCCCAAAGAACAGUUCAGAUUCCUCAUGGAUGAACGGGAACGAGUUGUCCUCAGAGGACAUGGAGCUGCCUGUCCCAGUGGACGGACUGGUCCCUCUGCACAUCCAGGUCCAGAAAGACACACAGAGCCUCACUGUGGAGGUUUCUUUGGAGGACUGUGAGAAGACUCUUUCUGUGGACAGGAGCUUCCGCUCCCAGAGCGGCGCCUACCUGCAGGUCCAGAGACCCUCCUCACCUGCACAGGUCGGUUCCCGUCUUCGGUUCAGGGUGGAGAGGAAUUUUGGGAUUCCUGACGUUCACUACUUGGUGAAGUCCAGAGGUCAGGUGGUUUCUGCUGGGAGGAGCUCAGGUGAUGUGAGUCUGGUUCCUGAGGCGUCCUGGGCUCCUCUGGCCUCCAUCGUCGUUUAUUGCGUCCAUCCUGGCGGUGAGGUCAUCAAUGAUGUCAUCCAUCUGCCCAUCACACACUUCCUGCAGAACAAGGUGUCUCUGAGGUGGAGCAGUGACCUGCUGAAGCCAGCAGAGGCCGUGACCCUGAAGGUGUCGGUGGAGGAACCGGACUCUCUGGUCGGGAUCCUGGUGGUCGACAAAGCCACGCGGUGUGCGGGGUCUAACAAUGACAUCACCAUGGAAACGGUGCAGGAGCAGAUGACGGAGUCGUCGAUGGACGACACCCUCGGCGAUGGGAUGACAAUGGGAGAUCCGUUCUCUGUUUUCCAGUCAUGUGACCUGAGUGUGAUGACUGACGCCAGUGUGCUCAGAGCGGAUCCAACAUGGCUGCUCACAGAAGAUGAUCCGGGUUUUUUCCUCCAGACGGACGGAGAACAUUUCAGGAAACAACCAGAACCUCACCAGCGCCAGAACUUUCCAGAGACCUGGGUCUGGAUGGACGUCAACACAGGGGAUUCCGACAGGAUGCAGAUUUCUCUGUCAGUUCCUGACAGCAUCACCACCUGGACGGCCUCUGCCUUCGUCGUGUCGGAGAAUCUGGGUCUGGGACUCACAGAGAAACCGGCAGAGCUCACAGUGUUCCAGGACUUCUUCCUGUCCCUGAACCUCCCUGCCUACAUCAUCAGAGGAGAGGAGCUGGUUCUGGAGGUGGAUCUGUUCAACUACCUCCAAGAGGAGCUGGAGGUCACCGUGAUCGUCGCAGAGAGCGACGCCUUCGAGUUCGUGUUCCCGGACAGCGAGGCCGUCGCCAUGGCCAGCGUGCGGCGCCUCCUGGUGGAGCCAGAGGGCGGCGCCACCGUCCUGGUUCCCAUCAGGCCUCUGGUCCUGGGAGACGUCCCCAUCGCCGUGAAGGCCGUGUCCUCCGCGGCGGCCGACUUCGUUCGCACAACCGUCCUGGUUAAGGCUGAAGGUCGGCCUCAGAGCUUCUCCUCCUCCCUCCUCCUGGAUCUUCCUGCCGGCGGCUCCGGUUCUGUGGCGUUCCGGUUCCCUCCAGGCGUGGUGGACGGCAGCCAGCGCGUCUUGGUGACGGCCAUCGGCGACCUGCUGGGUCCGUCCAUCAGCGGUUUGGACUCGCUGGUCCAGAUGCCGUACGGCUGCGGCGAGCAGAACAUGAUCCACUUCGCUCCAAACAUCUACGUCCUGCGGUACCUCAGCGCCAGAGGCUCACUGGACCCGGUGCUGCAGAACCGGGCCAUUGACUACAUGCUGAAAGGUUAUGAGCAGCAGCUGUCCUACCAGCGGGCCGAUGGCUCCUUCAGCGCCUUCGGCCAGCAGGACUCGUCAGGCAGUACCUGGCUGACGGCCUUCGUGCUGCGCUGCCUGCUGCAGGCGCAGCCGUGGGUUGGCGUGGACGGCCGGGUUCUGGAGAGUGCGGCGGCGUGGCUGGCGGUGCAGCAGGCGGCGGGCGGCGCCGCUGCGGAGCCUGGCACGGUGAUCCACUCGGAGCUGCAGGGCGGCCUGGACGGACCCGUGUCCCUCACUGCCUACGUCCUGGUCGCCCUGCUGGAGGACGGCUACAUCAGGGCGCAGUACGCCUCCCGGGUGACCUCUGCCCUUGCCUACCUGGAGGCCCGGCUGGUCCAGGGCGUCUCCAGCAACUACAGCCUGAGCCUGCUGAGCUACGCUCUGGCCCUGGCAGGAAGCCCCACCUCCCACGCCGCGCUCAACCAUCUGAUUGGCCGAGCUGACCUGAGGGACGGCGUCCCGACCUGGUCGUCGCCUGACGCUGGCCUGUCGUCGUCAUGGCAACCUCGCUCGGCAGACAUCGAGAUGGCGUCCUACGUUCUGCUUUCACUUCACAAACUGAACCGGGUCGACGAAGGUCUGAGUCUGAUGAAGUGGCUGAGUCAGCAGAGGAACCACCUGGGAGGAUACGGCAGCACGCAGGACACGGUGGUGGCUCUGCAGGCUCUGUCGGCCUUUGCCGCUCUGCGGGGGUCAGAGCCCUCUGACCUGGACGUCACGGUGACCAACGGGGACUCGGGCGUCGUCGCCUCCUUCCACAUCGACCACAACAACUUCCUGCUGCUCCAGAGUCGCCAGAUUGAUCCACAACCUGUUCUGGACCUGCAGGUGAUGGCAUCGGGUCGCGGACUCGCUCUGUUCCAGCUCAACGUUUUUUACAACGUCCGCAGCGAGGAGCUGCUGAGGAGGAGGAGGGACGCCGAAGAACAGGAAGCGUUUGACCUGAAGGUGGCGCUGUUUGAGGAGCAGAGCCACGCCCACCUGUUCAUCUGCACCAGCCUGGCCCGCCACCUGGGCUUGAAUGAGACCGGGAUGGUUCUGAUGGAGGUGGGUCUGCUGAGCGGCUUCAGCGCCCGACUGGACCUGGUACCGCUGGACGGUGCCGUGAAGCGAGUGGAGACCGAGCCGGGCAGGGCGGUUCUGUACCUGGACUCUGUGUCGACCCAGGAGUCGUGUCUGCUCGUCCCGCUGCUGGAGGAGUUCAAGGUGGCCCGGGUCCAGGAAGCCUCAGUCAGCGUUUACGACUACUACGAGCCACGGCGCAGGACGGUGCGGUCGUACCGAUCGUCUUUGCGGAGCGACGUCUCCUCCUGCUCCUUCUGCGGAGACGACUGCAGCCGAUGCCGAGCGAACAACGACUACGAGCUGAACGGCGCGUCGCGCUGCAGCCGCCACUUCCUGCCCGCGCUGCUCCUCCUCUUCCUCAUCUUCAGCGCCUGAAGGCAACACAGCCAGCAGCCAGCGGGGCGCCCGGCCUGCAGCGGGUUAAAUGAGAAUGAAAUGUGAGAGAUUCUGAGUUCUGGCUGAAUUUCUUCCUCUGGCUUCUUCGGGUUUUCAGGAAUAAAACUAGAAUAAAAGUUUGAACCAAU